AUGGAAGAUCGUGCUAUGAAGAGAGGCAGACUUCUACAACAAUAUAUAGUGGAUAUGUGUGUUAAGAUUGAAACUACGAGAUUAGAUUAUUUUCGUAAUAAUCAAAAGACUAUACGAGAUCCAAAGAGAAAUCCUCACCUGUAUGCUACUGUGGUCAAACAUAUGAUGCAUGGUCCUUGUAGACAAUUAAAUCCUACAAAUGUGUGCAUGAAAAAUAACUGUACUUGUAAAAACAAGUAUUCAAGAGAAUACAUUUUGCAUUCUUCAUUAGCUAAGUAUGAUUGUCACACUAAUGUUGAAAUAUGUUCUUCUGUUAAAGCAGUCAAAUAUUUAUACAAAUAUGUAUACAAAGGACAUGAUCGUGUUAAUUUUACGGUAAAUAAAGGAACUAAUGAGCAUUAUGUUGAUGAGAUUUCGAAUUAUCAAACCGCUAGAUGGAUAUCUGCACCGGAAGCUAUAUGGAGAAUUUUUAGUUUUGAUUUAUUCGACAUAUCUCCUUCUGUAGUUUCUUUGCAGUUACAUAUUGAAGAUGCUCAGUUGGUUACAUAUAAUGAAACAGAUGAUCUAUCAGAAGUUAUAAAUAAAGACUCCAUUCAACGAACAAUGUUAACUGAAUGUUUUAGAAUGAAUAUUUCAAAUGAAAAGGCACGAACUUUACUUUAUAAGGAUUUUCCUACAUACUUUGUAUGGAAUACAUAUUUUCGAGUUUGGAGUCCUAGAAAGAAGCAAAAUGUUAUUGGUAGAAUAGUUGCUGCUAAUCCAUUUGAGGGCGAGAGAUACUUUCUAAGAGUUUUAUUGAAUCAUGUUAAAGGGUCUAAGUCUUUUCAAGAUUUAAGAACAGUUAAUAACAUUGUUUUGCCUACUUAUCGCGAAGCUGCAUUUUUACAUGGUCUCAUAGGUGGGAAUAAUUAUUGUGAAAUGUGUUUAAAUGAGGCGAUCACCUAUGAAAUGCCUAUAUCAUUGCGUCGCCUCUUUGCUAAUGUGUUGAUUUUUUGCAGCCCUGCAAAUCCUAGGAAUUUAUGGGUUAAAUUUAAAGUGUACAUGAUAUAA